CUCCAACACCCGUCAUGACUACACCCAAAUGGUGGAAAGAAGCGGUUGGUUACCAAAUCUGGCCAGCCUCGUUCAAAGAUUCCAACGGCGACGGGUUCGGUGACAUUCCAGGCAUCAUCAGUACUCUAGACUAUAUCCGCGAUCUUGGGGUCGAUUUUAUUUGGCUAUCUCCCAUGUACGAUUCGCCUCAACAUGAUUGGGGCUAUGAUAUCAGUAACUACGAGGCUGUGUGGCCAAAAUAUGGUACUAUGCAUGACAUGGACAUGCUAAUUACAGAAUGCCAUACGCGAGGAAUUAAACUCCUUCUCGACCUCGUCGUUAACCAUACGAGUAACGAACAUGCAUGGUUUCGGGAAAGCGCCUCCUCCCGUACAAACUCCAAAGCAGAUUGGUAUAUCUGGCGGGAUCCCAAGUUCGUUGAUGGGAAGCGUGUACCGCCAAAUAAUUGGCGAAGUCAAUUUGGGGGCCCUGCUUGGACAUAUGUUUCCGCUCGAGACCAAUACUACCUUCACAUCUGUCUUUCACAGCAACCAGAUCUGAAUUGGGAGAAUCAGGAAACCCGAGAAGCUAUCUACGAAUCAUCUAUGCGAUUCUGGCUGCGAAAGGGCGUGGAUGGAUUUCGUGUCGACAUUGUCAACUGCUACUCCAAGGAUCAAACGUUUCGAGAUACGCCGGUGGUGGAACCUGGGCAACCAACUCAACCUAUGGAGAAUUCCCUGUUCCGUAAUGGCCCUCGUAUGCAUGAGUGGCUUCGUGAACAACGAAGUCUGGCAUUUGAUCCUUUCGGCGAAGACAUCGUGCUCGUUGGAGAGUUGACAGGCACCGGGGCAGAAGAAACACUAUUGUACACAUCGUCGAAACAUCGAGAGCUCGACAUGAUCUUCGACUUUGACUUCUCCAUGUCUGGCUCAGGGCCUAAUUUGUCUCCUCACCAAUGGGGUCCAGCAAAAUUGACCGACUUCAAAGCUGGGUUUGAGAAAGCUCAGGGCUUUUUAAAAGACCGCGACAUGGACGCCUGGACAUCGGUGUUUGCUGAAAAUCACGACAGUCCAAGAUCUGUGAGCAAGUACGGCAACGACGGUCCAGAAUUCUGGGCCAAGAGCGCCAAGUUGUUGAGCAUGUUACUCUGUUCCUUAAGCGGGACUUUGUUCUUGUAUCAAGGCCAAGAAUUCGGAAUGACGAGCUUGCCCAAGGAUUAUCCGCUGGAAGACAUGCGUGACGGCCCGUGGAUCAAUUAUAUCCAAUCGGCUCUUGCAGAGAAGCCAGGCAAUGAAGAACACGUUAAGAAAGUCCAGCAUGCAUUCUGGAACAUGGGCAGAGAUAACAACCGCACCCCAGUGCAGUGGGAUGACAGCCUUCCCUCUGCAGGCUUCAGCAUGACCGAACCGUGGAUCAAGGUGAAUGAAAGCUUCACCAAGAUAAAUGCAAAAAGCCAAAUUGGUGUCGAAGGGAGUGUACUGGAGUUCUGGAAGAAGUCCAUUGCGAUCAGGAAAAGCGAGGAAUGGAAGCAAGUAUUUGUAUACGGAGACUUCGAGCUAGUGAAUCCGUCUAACGAGAAGACGUUCACAUUUUGGAAACGGACAGCAGCAAGAACAGUUCUGGUUGCGUUGAAUUUUUCUGACGAGGAACAGAGAAUAUAUAUACCCUCUGGCUUCAACUUGGACAACUCACGCUUGCUCCUCUCGAACUAUUCCGACUCGGGAGUCAAGGACCAUGUUCUUAGACCUUGGGAAGGAAAUUUUUAUAUUGUGCAAUAGCAAACUGGGGUAUCUGAGAUAAUAGUGUCACGACAUACAAAUGACUGAAACAAUGGCACUUG